GGCCCAUAUAUCAGCUGCAUAUAACAGCAAGGAUGUUGUUUUUUAUUCAGAUCAGCUAUGCGGCUUGGAGUCUGGACCUAGAUGGGUUUCAUAGAGGGAAAAGGGAACAUCAUGCAGAAAGUUGGGCUUAUUGGGGUGCUGCUUUUACACCAGGGUAGAACAUCAUCAGGUUGCUAUCCUCACAUGAAUCUUAUUAAAGAUGAACAAAAGUGCAUGAAUGAUCUAAUACUGUUGAAGGAGCAAAAAGCAAAAGUAAACAGCAGUGUGCACUGCAAGGGAAUGUGGGACACCUUGCACUGCUGGCCACCUGCCUCUUUGGGGGAAACCGUCUCCCAACCAUGCCCGGAUUUCUUUAAUUCAGAAGGUAAAGUGCAGCGCAACUGCACAACUAAUGGGUGGACAGACCUUCUCCUCCCAUACGAGGAUGCCUGUGGCUAUACUUUCAACGAGUCCUUCCAUUUUCUGGAGCCCCCAGAUUCUCAUCUCUAUUACUCCUAUGUGAAAACCAUGUACACCAUCGGAUACACCCUCUCCCUCAUCACUCUUACCAUCGCUAUCACCAUCUUCUGCCUGUUUAGGAAGCUGCACUGCACCAGGAACCACAUUCACAUCCAGCUGUUUAUCUCCUUCAUCCUGAGAGCCAUCUCCAUCUUUAUCAGGGACAGUCUUCUCUUUACAGAUGAGGAGCUCUACCACUGUGACAACUACACAGUGGCUUGUAAGAUUGUGCUGAUGUUCUCCAACUACUCCAUCCUUGCCAACUACAGCUGGCUGCUGGCGGAGGGUCACUUCCUGUUUACCCUGGUGAGCCGAUCCUUCUUCUCCCUGAAGAAACACCUCGCCUGGUACAUCCUCCUGAGCUGGGGUGUUCCAUUUAUUGUUAUUGUCUGCUGGGGAUGUGCUAAGUAUUUCUAUGAAGAUGAAGGAUGUUGGGAAACCAGGAAACUUGAAUGGAUUUGGUGGAUACUGAGAAUGCCAGUUCUUCUUACCAUAUGUGUGAACCUCAUCUUUUUCUUGGGUAUUUUGAGGAUACUUAUCAGCAAACUCAGAAUGCCAGAUGCACAGCGGAAUGAAUUUAGUCAGUAUAUGAAGCUGAUUAAAUCCACAUUUUUCCUGGUGGCUCUAUUUGGUCUACACUGCAUCCUUUUUGUUUUCUUACCAGUGGAAGUCGUAGACUCUGUGUUUAAGAUCUGGACGUUUGCAGAGCUGGCGUUGUCGUCCACGCAGAUGGGAACUAUGAAGAAAGAGAUGUGGGAGCACUCAGCUUCCCUGACAAAGAUGCGAGUUGUUUGGGAAGGCCAGUGA